AUGGGCCUGCAAUGUGAAGCCUGCAACAACAACAUAAGCGUCACCCAACGUCGUAUAAAAUGCACAAUAUGCUCAAAAUCAUUCCACUCUGAAUGUGUAGACUUUGGCGAUACUACAUCCCUCUCACGCAAUCAGUGGAAGUGCCCUUCUUGUGCAGUAGCCCAGCGAAAGGUGGGUGACAAUAGCGACACGCCCGUUCGUAGCAUUAAAGCUGCAACUCAAACAAAUUUGAACCUGCCGGCUACGCACUCAAAAGCUAAGGAUAUAGCCAUACCUACAAUGGAAAACUCUGGAACGAUUCCCUCUCAAAUAACACCUGACCUGAUGCCUCACUUGGAACAAUUACUUGACAUCAAACUGAAAAGUAUUAAAGAGGAAAUAGUGGCGGAAAUUAAAAGCACCAUCCUUAACCAGAUAAAAGAUGAAAUAAAGGCUAUGUCAUCACAAGUAAAAAAUAUAGAAAAUUCCUAUCAGAUUCUUCAAAAUGAACACUGCGACCUAAAACAAGAAAUUAUUAAAAUGAGGGCUGACAUCACCGAAAGGGACAAUCAGAUUACAGAACUCCAUAACUCGCUAAACAAGCAGCAACAGUGGUGUCGUCAAUCGAAUAUUGAAGUCAUUGGGUUGCCAGAACUAUCGAACGAAAACCCUAAAUUGUUAAUUACAGAAAUUGCUAAUCACGCUGGAGUUAAAUUGUCUGCGGAAGAUGUAGAAUUUGCCCACAGAGUUCAACCGUUCAAAAGCAUUCCCAAUCGCCCUAGAUCACUUGUCAUCAAAUUAAAAGACCGUAACGUAAAAGACAGGAUUCUAUCAGGCUUACGGAAAACUAAGGGUAUUACAACGAAGGAUAUUGGUUUUGCCGGCAAGCCAACCAGGUUCUACGUCUUCGAUCACUUGACCCCCAAUAACAAAGUCCUUCUAAAAGAAACUAAGGAUAUUGCUGCAAAAAAGUCUUACAAAUUUGUCUGGGUGAGGAACUGCCAUAUUUUUUUAAGAAAAAACGAGGAAUCACCAGUUUUAUCUAUAGCGUCAAAAAAGGACUUGUCGAAAAUUGCUUAG